AUGACUACACUACAAGCUCACCAAGUGGAUGCCUCAAAUCAAUUGCUUCGCAAGAGUAUACGAAUAGACGAGGCGUCAAGUCGUAAACGUAAAAUAGAAGAAGAAGAAGACUCGGCAACUACAAUGGAUCUGCGAGACGGAAACAAAGAGAAUGAUUGUGAUGCACAGCAAUUGGAAAAGCUAGCUAAAAAGCAGAAAACGGAGAAGGAGAAGGAGGAGAAAAGGAUCAAAAUCGAAGGGGAAAAAAGGGCCAAAGCUAAACGAAUUGAAGAGGAAAAGGAAGCUAAACGGAAAAAGCAAGAGGAGGAGAAAGAAGCAAAACGGAAGAAAAUGGAACAGGAAAAAUUAGAGAAGGAAAGAAAGAAGUUGGAGGAGAAAUUGGAAAGAGAGAAGAAGAAGGAAUUGGAAAAGUUGGAACGUGAAAGAAAAAAACAAGCUGAGCAAGCAGAAAGGGACCGUAAGAAACGCGAGGAGCAAGCUGAGAAGGAACGUAAAAGGGAGGAAAGAGAAAAGGAGAAGUUGGAAAAGAAGUUGAAAUUGGAGGAGGAAAAGAGAGCAAAGGAGUUGGAAAAGCAAAGGAUUGAAGAGGAAAAGCGGAAAGCGGAAGAGGCCAAGGAACGAAGUCAGAUGAAGAUUUCCAACUUUUUUCAAGUUCGUCCUCAAGCAAAAGAAGACAAGGAGAAAGAUGUCAAGCUAGAUACUGAUGAAGUUCAAAAAAGCGAUUACGAGACUGAUUUUUUACCAUUUUUUGUGCAACGUAAUGUCACUUUGAAAAGAGUUGAAUAUUGCACAGAUGAAACAAAGCUGCAGCUUGACCUGAUCUUGUCGGGCAAGACGGAGAAAGAUGUUUAUCUUGAUCCUUUCCUGGACUGCAGAAAACGACGUAGCGAACCACUACAAUACAUCACUCCAGAAGCAAUCUUGAACGCUCUCAACCUACCCACUACAAACGAGCACCAAGUUCUUGAAAUGAUUGCAAAACUUCCGCCAAUCAAGUACAUUAGCUUCUAUGAGAACUCGAAACCUCCAUAUACCGGAUCGUGGUGUUCGCAAAAACAUCAGGAACAACUACCAGCCAUAAUUCGCAAUCCACUAGAUCAGCAACUUACUGGGCUAGAUUACGAAUACGACUCUGAUUUGGAAUGGAAUAAUGAGGAGAAAGAUGGCGAGGAUAUCGAUGAUGACGAAGACGAGGAGGAGGAUCUACUGAUUUUACCUGACGAAGAUGACGACGAGUUCAUUGAAAAGGACUCGGAGGCUAGGCAAAAGAGUAUACACCAAAUGGUGGUGAUCAAUAAAUGGAAUGAUGAGGAAAAUAGAGAUUUUUUCAGUCACUAUACUACGCUGCAUAUUGUUGAGUUGAGUAAGUUGAAAAGCUUUAUAUAG